UUCUGAUGAAAUUUGAUUUAAUACAUCCAGAGGGCGUUGUAUUCCUUUAAAAAAAGAAUGGAUCGUUCGAUGGUGGUGAUCUCAUGUAUUUCGAUUAUUUUUUGAUAAAUUGAUACAAAAUAUUCUCGUGCUAAGGAAUACUUUAAGGAAACAGUUUUUUAGAAUGACUUCAGAAAAUGAGAUCAAGGUUCAUCCUUUGACUAAAAAUCCUUCAGCAGCAUGGGAAUCUUUUAAACCAAAGCAAACUGCAUACAGAAUAAAGCAUUUACCCAUAGAUCUGCCUAUCUCUCAUAAAGCCAUUCGUUUUGUCUGUAUGUCUGAUACUCAUUCUCUGCUAUCAAGAAGAAAAUUUAAAAUUCCACCAGGUGAUGUAUUUAUACAUGCAGGAGAUUUCACUAGACAUGGAGGAUAUAAUGAAAUCAUUGAAUUCAAUAAUUUUUUAGGUAAUCUCAGCCAUAAACAUAAAAUAGUCAUUGCUGGAAAUCAUGAACUGACAUUUGAUCAAAAGACUAUUAGCAGUUUUGAAAUUAAACAGGCAAAAAAAGCAACUGGACAAGAUGUUCCAUUAGACACUGCAUACUUCAAGAAUCUGCUAACAAAUUGUAUAUAUUUAGAAGACAGUUUGACAGAAGUAUAUAAUAUUAAAAUCUAUGGCACUCCAUGGCAGCCAGAAUAUAAUAAUUGGGCUUUUAAUCUACCACGCGGAAAAGAAUGUCNGUAA